CCAGAAAUAUCUGGCUCAAAUCCUCCCGAUUUUGUGUUUGCAAUCUCCAAUGGCUGGUGAGGCGGGAAAGGCAAGGACCGUGUUGCUGGCCACUGAGAAGGCGUUUGCCGCGGCAGCCGUGACGAAGAUCGACGAGGUGUUGAAGGCUGCCAAGUAUACGCUGAAGAAGCUAGAGAACUACAAGAGCAAGGAUGAUCUCCUGGCAGCUGUGGCAGACGCUGACGCCAUGAUCAUCCGGUCCGACAUUGUGGACCAGGCUGUGGUGGACAAGGCCGCCAAGAUGAAGAUUGUGGUCCGGGCAGGUGCUGGCUACGACAACAUCGACCUGAAGGCCACAUCUGCCAAGGGCAUCACCGCUAUGAACACACCAGGCCAGAACGCCAACGCUGUUGCUGAGCUCGUGUUUGGCAUGAUGAUCGUGAGCGCGCGGAACAACUUCGACGGCACCAGCGGCUUUGAGCUGGUGAACCGGGAGAUCGCCUUCUACGGCUUCGGCGCGGUGGCCAGGGCGGUGCACAAGCUCGCCCAAGGCUUCGGCAUGAAGAGCUUUGCCUACGAUCCCUACAUCCCGGCGGACAAGAUCAAGGAGGCUGGAGCCGAGCCUGUGUCCACCGUAGCAGAGCUCUUCGAUCAUCAGUACGUUUCCCUUCACGUGCCACUGACUGAUGAGACGAAAGACUCCAUCAACAAGGCGUUGCUGACAAGGAUGCCCAAGGGUGGAACUUUGAUCAACACCGCUCGCACUGAGGUGGUUCACGAGGCGGACAUGAUCGACACCCUGAAGACCCGGCAGGACUUUUGCUACCUCUGCGACGUUGCACCAAAGGACAUUGAGCCGUACAAGGCAGCAGUGGGAGACAAGUAUGGCAAGCGUUUGAUCUUUACCAAGAAGAAGAUGGGAGCCCAGACCGCGGAGGCCAACGACAAUGCGGGAGUCGCCGCAGCCAACCAGAUCGUUGGCUUUUUUGAGAAGGGUGAGACGCGCUUCUCACUCAAGGCCUGAGAAGGCCAUGAGCAGGAGCACUUCGUCCACUCGCUUGCCGGGGAGAAGCGACUCGCGCAGAUAUCCGAACUUCAGCCUGUGUGGCAAACGGGCAUGAGUGCAGAGGUUUUGGUGGCGU